GCCCGGAGAGCCGGCGGCAGCGGCCGGGAGAGGCCCCUCCUUCACGCCCUCCUUCCCCUCGCUCAGAGCCGGCGGACGCGGCUGGGCCCCCAACCCUCCCCGGGCUAUGGCCGGCAACGUGAAAAAGGGCUCUGGGGCCGGGGGCGGCGGCGGCGCCGGGGGCUCGGGCUCGGGUGGCCUGAUCGGGCUCAUGAAGGACGCCUUCCAGCCGCACCACCACCACCACCACCUCAGCCCCCACCCGCCGGGGACCGUGGACAAGAAGAUGGUGGAGAAGUGCUGGAAGCUCAUGGACAAGGCGAAACCUAACCAAACUGUCCCUGAUCUUCAGCCACAUGCUGGCAGAACUAAAAGGAAUAUUUCCAAGUGGACUCUUUCAAGGAGACACAUUUCGAAUUACUAAAGCAGAUGCUGCAGAAUUUUGGAGGAAAGCUUUUGGGGAAAAGACAAUAGUCCCUUGGAAGAGCUUCCGACAGGCCCUUCAUGAAGUACAUCCCAUCAGUUCUGGGCUGGAGGCCAUGGCUCUGAAAUCCACUAUUGAUCUAACCUGCAAUGAUUAUAUUUCAGUUUUUGAAUUCGAUAUCUUUACACGACUCUUUCAGCCCUGGUCCUCUUUGCUCAGGAACUGGAACAGUCUUGCUGUAACUCAUCCUGGUUACAUGGCUUUCCUGACAUAUGAUGAAGUGAAAGCUCGGCUCCAGAAAUUCAUUCACAAACCUGGGAGUUACAUUUUCCGGCUGAGCUGUACUCGUCUGGGUCAGUGGGCUAUUGGGUACGUUACUGCUGAUGGGAACAUUCUCCAGACAAUCCCUCACAAUAAACCUCUCUUCCAAGCACUGAUUGAUGGCUUCAGGGAAGGCUUCUAUUUGUUUCCUGAUGGACGGAAUCAGAAUCCUGACCUGACAGGCUUAUGUGAACCAACUCCCCAGGACCACAUCAAAGUGACCCAGGAACAAUAUGAAUUAUACUGUGAGAUGGGCUCCACAUUCCAACUGUGUAAAAUAUGUGCUGAAAAUGAUAAGGAUGUAAAGAUCGAGCCCUGUGGACACCUCAUGUGCACAUCCUGUCUUACGUCGUGGCAGGAAUCAGAAGGCCAGGGCUGUCCUUUCUGCCGAUGUGAAAUUAAAGGUACUGAGCCCAUUGUGGUAGAUCCGUUUGAUCCUAGAGGAAGUGGCAGCCUAUUGAGGCAAGGAGCAGAGGGAGCUCCCUCCCCAAAUUAUGAUGAUGAUGACGAUGAACGAGCUGAUGAUUCUCUCUUCAUGAUGAAGGAAUUGGCUGGUGCCAAGGUGGAACGGCCUCCUUCUCCAUUCUCCGUGGCCCCACAAGCUUCCCUUCCUCCAGUGCCACCACGACUUGACCUUCUGCAACAACGAGUAUCUGUUCCUUCAGGUGCUUCUGGUCUUGGAACUGCUUCUAAGGCUGCUUCUGGCUCCCUUCAUAAGGACAAACCAUUACCAAUACCUCCCACACUUCGAGAUCUUCCACCACCACCCCCUCCAGACCGGCCAUAUUCUGUUGGAGCAGAAACUCGGCCUCAGAGACGCCCUUUGCCUUGUACACCAGGCGACUGUCCGUCCAGGGACAAACUGCCCCCUGUCCCCUCUAGCCGCCUUGGGGAAUCAUGGCUGCCUCGGCCAAUCCCCAAAGUACCAGUAGUUGCCCCAAACCCUAGUGACCCCUGGAUAGGGAGAGAAUUAACCAACCGACACUCACUUCCAUUUUCAUUGCCCUCACAAAUGGAACCCAGAACAGAUGUGCUCAGGCUCGGAAGCACAUUCGGUCUGGAUACCCCCAUGAAUAUGAAUUGCAGCCCAUUGGCAGGUCCAGAGUAUGAGCACCCCAAAAUCAAACCUUCAGCAUCUGCCAAUGCCAUUUAUUCUCUGGCUGCCAGACCUCUUCCUGUGCCAAAGCUGCCAUCUGGGGAACAGUGUGAAAGUGAGGAGGACACAGAGUACAUGACUCCCUCCUCUAGGCCUGUAGGGCUUCCAAAGCCAGAGGUGAAACGGCCUUUGGAGACAGCCCAGAGUUCACGAGCAUGUGAUUGUGACCAGCAGGUUGAUAGCUGUACAUAUGAGGCAAUGUAUAAUAUUCAGUCCCAGGCAGCACCAUCUGUCACAGAGAGCAGCACCUUUGGUGAGGGGAAUUUGGCUGCAGCCCAUGCCAACACUGGCCCUGAGGAAUCAGAAAAUGAGGAUGAUGGGUACGAUGUCCCUAAGCCACCUGUGCCGGCAGUGCUGGCCCGCCGAACUCUCUCAGAUAUCUCUAAUGCCAGCUCCUCCUUCGGCUGGUUGUCUCUGGAAGGUGAUCCCACAACAAACUUCACUGAGGGUUCCCAAGUUCCUGAAAGGCCUCCCAAACCAUUCCCUCGGAGAAUCAACUCUGAACGAAAAGCUGCGGGUAGCUGUCAGCAGGGUGGUGCUGCUGCUGCUGCUGCUGCUGCUGCUGCUGCUGCCGCCUCGCCACAGCUCUCCAGCGAGAUUGAGAACCUCAUGAGUCAGGGAUACUCCUACCAGGACAUUCAGAAAGCUUUGGUCAUUGCCCACAACAACAUUGAAAUGGCCAAAAAUAUCCUCCGGGAGUUUGUUUCUAUUUCUUCUCCUGCCCAUGUAGCCACCUAGCACAUCACCUCCCUGCUGCAGCUUUAGAGGACCAGAGAGCGGGGAGCUCUUGCUCAAGUCGCACCAACAGGAGCAGAGGUUCCUUUGGAGACUUCACAGUGAAGUCUUGCCCUGUCUGUGGGAUAUCACCUCUGUGGUUUCAAGAUUUCAAUGCAGUGGAAUGAAAAUGGAGCAGCUAGUGUGUUUUAUUAUUUUAUUUGUUUUGAGAGUACAUUUGAAGGUGUCCUUCAGUCCCCACUUAGAGAGAGUGUGGAUUUUUAUUAAAUGGUAGCCUACCUGGGGAACGGUCCAGAAAGCAGUAGGAGAAGUAUUGUGCUGUAAAUCCUAAUUGAGGACUUAAGACUUUCCUGGGUUAAGGAUGUGGUCGUGUGUGUGUGUGUGUGUGUGUGUGUGUCUGUCUGUCUGUCUGUCUGUGGUUGUAUGUGUGUCCUGUGAUUAUAAGAUUAACUUGCUGUGUUAAUCCGAGGCAGGGAAUUAGCACAAGAGGUUUAGGAAGGAAUCUUUUAAAGACUUCCGUCUACUGUGGUAUUAUACCCAACCCCACACUCCCCUUUGGCUUGGAUUCUCAUGUGCAUAGCUAAAAGUCUCCUAUUUUUAGAACACCUUGCCUCUGUCCUUUCCCCUGUCUCCUCCCUCCUCCUUCUCCUUGGUGUCUGUCAUUGGCAGUGGGCUUGCUAUGACCAGCCUUACUAAAGCCUAGUGGCUUAUAGGAUGUUCUUUAAUAUGUGUGCUGGUGUUGGUUUGUUUGGUAGAUAGGUGGGAAAAAAAGUACUGUUGCUGUGUCAGUAUAGUCAUGUUUGAUGCUAGCAGCUAACACUGGUCACUCCAAAGCACUGUUUCUAUAGGAACAUUGAAUCUGUUCAAAUAAGAUGUUUUAAUUAUCCUAAUUAAUUAAUGACUGAUUUGAGAUAGAUGCCUUUAAAUACAUUCCAUGCCCUCCCUGUGGGAGUCAGUUGCCUUGGUGCCAGGUAUGUGUUCUAAUGUAGUCAUGAGUUUUUCUACUUAAUGGCAAGGGAAGAAUAUUUGUUUCCAGCAUGGCUCUCUGGCCCGAAUACCAUGAAGCUUUUAGGAAGCUUCAUUCACAUGCUCUUUAGCUUAUUAAACAUAAAAUGCACAAAAUAGACAAUGAGGAUUUAACUAUUCAGUUUUUCUUCCCAUUGAAUUCCAGCUUAUAUGGGUGUCUCCCUUUGAACAUGAGCCAGGUUAUAUUUU